UACUGUCCAUUAUCAGUGCAAGACAUAGUGUUUAAAUUUCCAAGCAUUGAAAACAUAAAAGUUAUAUCUAAAGUGCUUCACCAAAACAUCAUAUUAUAAUUCUAGAACUUGGUCAGAGUUAGCAAGUCCAGAGUGUAAAUGAAUAGAGAGGAAGUUGAUAGUAAUUGGAAAACAGGCUGAAUUCUCCUGACAACUGAGGCCUACCCAACCUUAAGAAGAAGAAGAAGAAGAAAAAGGUCAAAGGUGUUUAAAUUUCCAAGCAGUGAAAGCAAAAAAUGUAUAUAAAAAUUUUUAAGUGAUUCACCAAAACAUCAUAAUUCUAGAACUUGGUCAGUAUCAGUAUUAGUAUAGGAAGUCCGAUAGUCAUUAAAAAAUAGGCCGAAUAGUCCUGAAGACUGAGGCCUACCCAACCUUAAGAAGAAGAAAAAGGUCAAAGGUCAACCAUCACAAAAGGAUAAAUAAUUUGUUUACCGUCCCAAUUUUUUCUUGUAUUUUCUAUAAACUUAUUCUUUAAUGUAUUAAAUUAUUAUUAUGGUCGAAGCUAGAACUGAGGAAGUAUCAAAUACAACAAGUAAUACAAAGGUGAAAGCUACUAACACCAAACCUAAAUCAGUAUAUUCAUGGAAUGUAGUGGAUGUUCAGAAAUGGUUAAGAAGACAUUGCAGUGAUUAUUAUCACUUAUACGUCGACAAUUUUAAUCAACAUGAAAUUACAGGUAGAUCUCUUUUAAGGAUCAAUGAUAACUCCCUUCUUAGACUCGGUAUUACAAAUGAUGUUCAUAGAGAAGCAAUUUGGAAACAAAUAUUGAAACUCCGAUUAAAGACUGAUAUCGUAGAAAUUAGAGAUAUUCAAAGACGAAAUAUGAAUAACAUGUACUAUGAUAAUUCUUUAGUUUAAUUUCAACAAUAGAAAAUUUCAUUACAGUAUUUGAUACUAUUGUAGAUACUUGAUGUGGUUUUUUAUAUGUUAUUAUUAAAUUUUCAGUAAAAAA